CAGUAUUUUUCGAACAUGCGCGCUACGAUCUUCCUUUUUCAGUGCAGCGGAGUCAAGCCCCAGUCUUUGACUCCAGGCUCCUGUCUUACGAGACAGAAAGACUGCAAAAUGGGUUUCGUUAAAGUGGUUAAGAACAAGGCCUAUUUCAAGAGGUAUCAGGUGAAAUUCAGGAGAAGGAGGGAGGGAAAGACCGACUACUUCGCUCGCAAGCGUCUCGUCAUCCAAGACAAGAAUAAAUACAACACCCCAAAGUACAGGAUGAUCGUCCGUUUCUCCAACCGGGACAUCGUCUGCCAGAUCGCCUACGCCAAGAUCGAAGGUGACAUGAUCGUGUGCGCGGCCUACUCACAUGAGCUGCCCAAGUAUGGGAUCGCCGUGGGUCUGACGAACUACGCAGCAGCCUACUGCACAGGCCUGCUGGUAGCCCGCAGACUCUUGAACAAGUUCAGCUUGGACAAGGUGUACGAGGGCCAGGUGGAGGUCACCGGUGACGAGUUCAACGUGGAGAGCAUUGACGGCCAGCCAGGUGCGUUCACCUGCUACCUGGAUGCUGGUCUUGCCAGAACCACCACUGGCAACAAGGUGUUUGGAGCCCUGAAGGGGGCUGUGGAUGGAGGCCUCUCUAUCCCCCACAGCACCAAGCGCUUCCCUGGAUACGACGCUGAGAGCAAGGAGUUCAACGCUGAGGUCCACCGCAAGCACAUCAUGGGCAUCAACGUGUCCGAGUACAUGAGCUACCUGAUGGAAGAGGACGAGGACGCCUACAAGAAGCAGUUCUCCCGCUUCAUCAAGAACGGUGUAGCCCCUGACAUGAUUGAGGAAAUGUACAAAAAAGCUCAUGCAAGCAUCCGUGAGAAUCCAGUCCACGAGAAGAAGCCCAAGAAAGAAGUCAAGAAGAAGAGGUGGAAUCGUGCCAAGCUGUCUCUGGCCCAGAGGAAAGACCGUGUCGCCCAGAAAAAGGCCAGCCACCUUCGGGCUCAGGAACAAGAGGCUGCCGACAGUUAGACGCUUCCCUUUUGAUGUUUCUAAUGAUGGAGGAGAAAAAAUGCUUUGUGCUAAUAAAUCUAUUGAAAAAAAAAAAAA